AGAGCCGGGAGGCUGGUGGUCAUGCCGGGGUUCCUGGUUCGCAUCCUUCCUCUGCUGCUGGCUCUGCUGCUUCUGGGCCCUACGCGCGGCUUGCGCGUAAGUCUGCGGGACCCGGGUACGGGGAGGCAUUGCUAGGGGACAGGCUGGCGGGGAACCGGGCUGGGAUCGCAGCCACCCGCGGUCCCGCAGGGCGGGGAGCCUGAGCCCCGAAGUGCCCCCCAGCAGGCUUGCGGCCGGCGGAACGCAGGCAGUGGACCGGCCUUCCCGUCGGGGGCGGGCCGGGCGGGGCGCGCGUCCUUCCAGGCAGCUCGGUCGCUUGUGCGUUCCGCUCCGGCCGCCCUUUGCGCUUGGAUCCACUUCCCCAUCUGUAACGAGGUGGUGAGACGAGGCGGAGUUGACCUGGAAACCUCUCCUUGGCCACUGUCCUUUCUAAGGAACUCAUUUCCAGAGUCCACCAGCACAGAACUGGUGGGGGAGCCUACUAGGAGCAGAGAAAAUGGCCAUCUUCAGGCAGCUGUCCCUAGGCGCGAAGGCCACCCUGGCUGCUGUCACUGUCUUCGUGUCCAUGAUCGCCUCCCGCUCGUAUCUGGCAGAGAGCCUUGAGCUCAGGGCCUGGCGUUGGCUGCUUCGCUUGCAGCUUGCCCUGUUUGUCAACUCGCUCUUGCUCAUUGGCUCCCUCUACAUUUGGCGCAGCACAGUGAGCAACCUCUGCCACUCCCCAGCUGCAGAGUCAACCUGUUUUCAGCUUUGGAAGGUGGUGGUUCUGGCAUUUCUGGCCCUGGCCCAUUCCAGUUUCUUUACCAUGUUCUUUUUAGUGGCUGAAGAGCCCUAUCUCUUUUCCUUGGUGGCCUACUCCUGCCUGGGUGCUUACAUCAUCAUGCUCUUCUUCCUCUGCAUCCUCAGCGGCAUGGAGCAGGCCUACCAGCUCUUGGCCUGGCGCAGUGGUAGGGUCGUGGGCAGCCUUGACAAGACAAGGAAGCUGGUGCUCAGGCCUGCCCUGGCAGUGGGAGUGACUGCUGUGCUCAGUGUGGCCGGGAUUCUGAAUGCCGCGCAGCCCCCAGCUGUGAAAACUGUGGAGGUGCCCAUCCAUCAGCUGCCUGCCUCAAUGAACAACCUCAAGAUCGUGCUCCUCUCAGACAUUCACUUGGGCCCCACAGUGGGCAAGACCAAGAUGGAAAUGUUUGUGAGGAUGGUGAAUGUGCUGGAACCAGACAUCACGGUGAUUGUGGGUGACCUCUCCGACUCAGAAGCCUCAGUCCUGCGGACGGCUGUCGCUCCUCUGGGCCAGCUUCAUUCACGUCUCGGUGCCUACUUCGUCACAGGCAAUCAUGAGUACUACACGUCAGAUGUCAGCAACUGGUUUGCACUUCUGGAAUCCCUGCAUGUCCAGCCUCUUCAUAAUGAGAACGUGAAGAUUUCCGCCACACGGGCCCAACGUGGUGGUGGUGGCAGUGGCGGUGGGAGUGAGGAUGAGGACUGGAUCUGCUUGGCUGGGGUGGAUGAUAUUGAAGCAGACAUCCUGCACUACUCUGGCCAUGGCAUGGAUCUUGACAAGGCCCUGGAGGGCUGCAGCCCAGACCACACAAUCAUCUUGCUAGCUCACCAGCCCCUGGCUGCCAAGAGAGCUCUCCAGGCUCGGCCAGAUAUUAACCUGAUCCUUUCUGGGCACACACAUGCUGGGCAGAUCUUCCCCUUGAACGUAGCAGCCUACCUCCUGAAUCCCUUCUUUGCUGGUCUCUACCAAGUGGACCAGGCUACAUUCGUGUAUGUCAGCCCAGGCACAGCCUACUACGGGAUACCCAUGAGGCUGGGUAGCAGGGCCGAGAUCACAGAGCUCAUCCUGCAGCGGUCUUCCUGAACCGGCCCUGCCCUGUGCACCUCUGCCCUGCCCUUGCCCUCGACCCUCUGUCCUGCUUCAGAGUGGUUUGCCUGCUUUUCCCCUCCAGCCUUGCCCACUCAGCGUUGCCUACACACCCUUGGUCACAAGCCUGACUCCAACAGUGACUUAUGGUGGGGCUGCCUGGCAUGUUCAGGCUGGUUUAACUGUUUCCUUGGCCAGUUGCUUUUUUUGAUGCACUUGUGAGAUCACAAAGGUCCAUAUAUGAGCACUCCCCUCUAUUUUCCAGAUGGUGUGGAAUGGGGACCUUCUCCUGCAGAGCUCCCAGGGAUGAACCUCCCCUCGGGGUUGCUAGAAAGGAAUACCUCUAGAAGGUGGGGCUGAGAGGAGCAGGAGCAUUUUUCUCCUGGUGUUUUAAAAUUGUCUUUAGGACUUAAGUGGUUUCCAGAAUCAUUGAUCCAGAGCCUUUCUGGGGAAGGGGUAGUGUUGCCAGGUAAUUUGGGAGAACAGGCAAGAUGGAAGGGCCCUCUGGCUGCUAGAGAAGAAUAUUUUCUUUUCCUCUGGUUCCAUCAGGAUCACCUCUAUUGAGGGCAUCAGCAAAAUCUACUGGAAUGCAAAGCUCCUCCUGUUCCAGGCCUUGAGGGAUGCUAUUUAACUGUCUGUGCUCCUGGGCUUCGGGGGUAAGGUCGGGGAGAAGAACGGUGGGCGCCAUGGUCGGUGAUGGUGAGAACAUGGCUGCUUAGGAAUUCAGAGGGCUUUGCUUCCCUUGUCUCAUUUUAUACAACCCUUUGGGGAGCUCAUUGGGGACAGGCUGCUUUUCCCUAUUAGGAGAUGAGGAAACCAAGGCAAAGAGAGAUAGGGCACAGGCAGUAAGACAAGAUGUGUAGGAGAUUUGGGGCUAGAAACCAGGUCUUGUACCUCCCAGUAAAAGCGGUGCUUUUCCACUGUGUGGUCAUUAAGUAGCUGCAUCUGUUGCAGGUGAGUGCAGGAUUCAAAUGCAGUUCACCAAUUCACAGUGCAAAGAGAACGAACAAGGGCCUAGGACCCCAUGCUCUUUCAAAGUGGUUUGCUUGAGGCUGAUUUCAACUUACCCAUACCUACAUGGACCGGAGACUGGAAGGGAGUCAGCUAGUUUCAGUGUAGGAUGUCUUACAUUUGGAGAAGAGUCAGGAAACUGGAACCCUCUACCUCCGACCCCAGGUUUGAGUUUGAUUUUUCUGUGAGCAGCUGGGUUCACUCUGUCAGUGGGGGAGAUGAGGCCUGCAUGGGAGUGGCAGUGCUGUGUGCCUCUGGCAGGGCCUGCAGACUCCUCUCCCUGGGCCUGGCUGUGGAAUGCAGAAACUGUUCUUCCUGCUAGGUGGCUUCCCACCCACUUGCCUGACCCUAUAAGAGCUGCCCUUGGGCUCUGGCCACAAAAUGAUAGGGCCAUUCCUGCUGGCUUCUAGACCCAUAGAAAAACCAGGCAGGGAUUAUGAUGUCCAAGUGACCCUGUUGGCCUGGCCCUUUUGCCAGAAGCAACAGAUCCUUUGAUCCUGAGAUGGAGAUAAGCACCCGUGUUAGAAAAGGCCUCACUGAGAAGACAGGGCUGGGCCGGUUUCCUGCUGGGUGAUUUAGGCUUGUGAUGGAAAGUCUUCCUCCGAUGGGGAGUGAAGACACUCGCUCUGACUGGAGAGGCUAACCCUGCUGCUCACUCGUUGGGCAGCGUUGGGUGGGUGACUUUCCCUCACUCAGCCUUGGUUUCCAUCAACCCUAAAAUAGGGAUAAUUAUCGUAUCUACCUCAAGAUUGUUUUGUCAGGAGGGAUCCAUCAAGCCUUGUGCAUGAGUUCCACAUGGCACAGUAUGCACAGUAAACACUCAAUGUUAAUUUUUCAACGUUCCAGUGGAGCUUGCUAAGGAACUAUGUUGGGCACAGGUGCCCAGAGGAUUCAUGGAGCAGCCAGUCCUGGGGAAUGUGAGUGGGUAGCGAGCCGCCUGCUGCUGAGGCCGGUGAUGUGUCAAAGCAGCAACUGCUGGGGGUUUGCCUUCCUCCCCCCGAGCGCAUUCUGGCAGGCAAAGGGGGUUUCUUCCUUUCCUCAUCCUCCUGGUGUAUAGUGGGGUUCUGGGGGAUCUGGAGACCACCCUUUUUGUUCCCAGGCAGCCACGGUAUUGACAGUGGGCCAUCCCAUGCAGUUUAAAAUGUAUCUUUGAGUUGAAAUUUUGGUGAUUUCCUUAUUCUUUUUUCUCUCUUCACUGUCCUUCCAAACUCACUCUUCUUGUGUCCCGACCGCAUUUUGUGAAUCAUCCUUACUCCCUUUCAGUUCUCGCUUUGGAUUUCACCAGGUGGGCUAGAUGGUGCCAUUUCACUUCCACUGUUUGAUGUGGCUGGUAAUGUUUGACUCAACUGUUACGUGUUAUUUCACUGGUUUCUUGAUUUUACAUCUUUCUCAUCAGUGACCUGGGCUUGAUGAAAUUAGCUUUCAUGAAGUCCUAUUUUUUUUUUUUUAAUUUUGCAUCCUUACCUCUUUUCUUUCUCUUGAAUGCCAUCAUUGUGUGGUCUUAUGUACCCUUCAUCCACUCUGAAGUCCUUGCUUGACUGAUUGCUUUCUAUUAGCAGAAAGAAAACAGGUCCAUCCUAUGUAUCUGAGAAACAACAUCAACACCCUCUCAUAUCUGGUUUGUAUUCCCUGACUCGGUGGACAUUUUUCUAGCAGAAAUUUCCCCAUCACUGUCCAGAUUCUGGCCCUGGUGGGCAGGUCUCCAUGAUACCUUUAGUCCCUCUGUUCAACAUUCUUAAACCAUUGACCUUCUUUUUGUUUGUUUGUGGCUGGGGGAGGUGGUGAGAAACGUUACUUGAAGCUUGAUCAUUCUUUCUUUAUUUUUAAUCUGUUAGAUGCAAAUUGAAAUGCAAUGCUUUUUGAAAAUUAGCAAUAGCAUCUGUAGUAUAUGAUGCUGUUACAAAAUCACAAUAAAUUGAUCCUGCUGCGAUUCCUUCCAAAUACCCAUCCAUGCUUUUUUUCCCCUCGUAUUUUGUUUGGUUUGUUUUAAACUUUUUGUACAUGUACCUCUCUCCCAGCUUUAACAAGCAUGACGAGACUAUUCUGCCAUCCUUUCUCAGCUACCCCUGCCCUGCCUGUACUCUUUAUUUUUUGGCUGGAGUAUAUUAAGGUAAAUCAUAGAAAACAUAAUGUUAUCCCAAAAUUACUUCAGUAUGAAUCCUUUUUCAAAAAGCAUAGCUAUAGUGUCAUUAUCAUAGCCAGUGAAAUUAACAGUGAUUCUUGAAUAUCAUCUAAUAGCUAGUUAGGAGAUUUGGGGCUAGUAGCCAGAUUUUUGACUUCUUUAAAGAAGUGUUCUUUCCACUGUCUGAGUAUUAAGUAGCUAUAUCUGUCACAAACGAGUACAGAAUUCAAAUGCAAUUAACUGUGUGAAGAGUUAGUGUUUAGUUUUUCCUGAUUAUCUCAAUUAUAUUUUUUAUUGUGGCAAAAAAAUUACUAUCUUAACCAUUUUUUUUGUUCUUUUUGUUGUUGUUGAUCUUAACCAUUUUUAAGUGAAUAGUUCAAAAGUGUUAGGUAUAUUCAUAUUGUUGUGAAAUUUAUCUAAUUGAUCUGUAGAACUUUUUCAUCUUGCAAAUCUAUACCCAUUGAGCAACAAGGCUCCAUUUCCCCCUUCCUCCAGCCCCUGGUGACCACAGUUCUACUUUCUGUUUCUAUGAAUUUGACUGCUUUAGAUACCUCGUAUAAGUGAAAUCAUGCAGUUGUUGUCUUUUUGGGGUGGGCUUAUUUCAGUUAGUAUAAUGACCUUAAGGUUGUGGCACGUGACUGGAUUUCUAUCCUUUUUAAGGCUGGACUACAGUAAUAUUCUGUUAUAUUUUCAUGCCACAUUUUGUUUAUCCAUGUUGAGCAUGUUUUCAUUGGCUUGUUGGCCACUUGUAUGCCUUCUUUGGAGAAAUGUCUAUUCAAGCCCUUUGCCUAUCUUUAAAUCAGAUUAAUUAAUUUAUUGUUGUGGAGAUGUAGGAGUUCUUUAUAUAUUCUGGACAUUAACCCCUUAUCAGAUAUGUAAUUUGCAGAUAUUUUCUUCUGUUCUGUACAUUGCCUUUUCACUCCUUGUGACCUUUGAUGCACAGAGUUUUAAAGUUUAAUGCAGGCCCAUUUCUCUAUUUUUGCUUUUAUUUUGGCAUCAUAUCCAAGAAAUCAUUGCCAAGUUCAAUAUCAUGUAGCUUUUUUUCCCAUGUUUUCUUCUAGGAGUGUUAUAGUUUUGGGUCUUAUGUUUAGGUCUUUAACCCAUAUUGAAUUAAUUUUUGUGUAUGAUAUAAGAUAAGGGUCCAACUUCAUUCUCUUGCCUGUGAAUAUCCAGUUUUCCCAGCACUGUUUUCUGAAGAAAUUGUCCUUUUCUAACAUCAAGAGGUCUUGGCAUCUUUGUUGAAAAUCAUUUGACCAUAUACACAAGGGUUUGUUUCUUGGUGUUCUAUUCUCUGUCAUUGCUCUAUUUGUCUAUCUUUAUGUCAUUACCAUGCUAUUCUGAUUACCAUAGCUUUGCAAUAUGUUUUGAAAUCAGGAGGUAUGUCUUUCAACUUUGCUCUUCUUUUUCAAGACUUUUGUCUAUUUGGUGUCUGUUGAGAUUCCAUAUGAAUUUUAGGAUAAAUUUUUCUAUUUCUGCAAGAAAUGCUAUUGGGAUUUUUAUAGUGAUUGUGUUGAAUCUGUAAAUCACUUUGGGUAGUAUGAACAUCUUAACAAUAUGAACCUUCCACUCCAUGAACAUAGGAUGUUUUUUCCAUUUGUUUGUGUCUUCUUUAAUUUCUUUUUAGCAGUGUUUUGUAGUUUUCAGUGUAGUCUUUCACCUUAGUUAGGCCUAUUUCUAAGUAUUUUAUUCCUUUUGAUGCUUUUAUAUGUGGAAUUUUUUAAAAUUCCAUUUAGAAUUGUUCAUUUUUAGUGUAUAGAGAAGCAACUGAUUUUGGUGUGUUGCUUUUUGUAUCCUGCAACUUUGCUGAAUUAAUUUAUUAGUUCUAACAGUUUGUGUGUGUGUGUGUGUGUGUGUGUGUGUGUGUGUAGUCUUUAGGGUUUCCUACAUCUAAGAUUAUAUCAUCUGCGAAUAGAUCAUUUUACUUCUCCUUUCUAAUUUGAAUGCCUUUUAUUUCUUUCUUGCCUAGUUGCUCUGACUAGGACUUCCAAAACUAUGUUGAGUAGAAGUGGCAAAAACAGACAUCUUGCCUUGUUCCUGAUCUUAGAGGAAAAGCUUGCAGUCUUUCACUAUUGAAUAUGAUGUUAGCUAUGGGCUUUUCACAUGUGCGCUUUAUGAUGUGGAGGUAGUUUUCUUCCAUUUUGCAUUUGUUGAGUUGUUGUUUUUUUUUAAUCAUGAAAGGGUGUUGAAUCUUAUCAUGCUUUCUCUGCCUCAAUUUAGAUUAUCAUGUGGUUUUUGCCCUUCAAUCUGUUAAUUUGGUGUAUUAUAUUGAUUGAUUUUUAUAUGUUAAAUCAUUCUUGCACUUUAGGAAUAAAUCCCACUUGAUCAUAUUAUAUAAUCCUUUUAAUGUACUGUUGAAUUCAGUUCACUAGUAUUUUGUUGAGGAUUUUUGCAUCAAUAUUCACCAGGAAUAUUAUUAUUCUGUAGUUUUCUUGUAGUGUAUUUGUCUGGCUUUGGUAUUAGGAUAAUAUUGGUCUCAUAGAAUAAAUUUAGAAAUGUUCCUCCUCUUGAACUUUUGUAAGAGUUUCAGGAGGAUUGGUAUUAAUUCUCCUUUAAAUGUUUGGUAGAAUUCUCCAGUGAAGCCAUCUCGUUCUAGGUUUUUCUUUGAGAGUGUGUGUGUGUGUGUGUGUGUGUGUGUGUGCGCGCGCGCGCGCACAUGCUGAGACAUGGUCUCGCUCUGUCGCCGGGCCUGCAGUGCAGAGGCAUGAUCUUGGGUCACUGCAACCUCCACCUCCCAGGUUCAAGCGAUUCUCCUUCCUCAGCCUCCCAAGUAGCCAGGACCACAGGCACGUGCCACCACGCCCGGCUAAUUUUUGUAUUUUUAGUAGAGACGGGGUUUCACCAUGUUGGCCAGGCUGGUCUCAAACUCUUGACCUCAAGUGAUCUGGCUGCUUCCCCCUCCCAAAGUGCUGGGAUUACAGGCGGGAGCCACCAUACCCGGCCUCUUUGAGGUUUUUGAUGACUGAUUCAAUCUUUUUAAUAGCUAUUGGUCUGUAUAGAUUUUCUGUUUCUUCAUGAUUCGGUCUUGGUGGGCUGGGUGUGUCUAGAAAUUUAUCCAUAUCUUCUAGGUUAUCCAAUUUUUUGGCAUACAGUUGUUCAUGCUAUUCUCUUACAAUCCUUUAUUUCUGUGGCAUCCGUUAUAAUGUCCCCUCUUCAUUUCUGAUUUAUUUAUAUCUUCUUUUUUUUUUUAAAUCUAGUUAAGUUUCUCAAUUUUGUUGAUUUUUUUUUUCAAAAACCAACUCUUUUUUUUCCUACUAUCUUUCUAUUCUCUUUUGUUUAUUUCUGCUCUAAUAUUUUAUUUCCUUUUGCUAGCUUUGGGUUUAUUUUUUUCUUCUUAUGGAAUUGUCUUUUUAUAGUUAUUUUGUUUGAAACAGGAUCUAAAAAUAGGUCUAUAUUUUGCCUGUGGUGUAUUUAUUUCUUCAGUCUCCUUAAGUCUAUAACAUCCCCUUUUCCUUAUUUUAUGUCAUUUAUUUGUUCAAGUUAUCUGGGUCAUAUGUCUUAAAUUUUUAUACAUUUUAGAUUUUGGUGUCAUUUAACAUGUUCAUAUUUUCUGUGAGCUCAUAGAGCUAAAGCUCUCUAAAGGUUAGAGCUGGAGGCUGGAUGGAUUCAGGUUCAACUUUUUCCCUUUUUGGGUAGGAAGACUUCAUUGCUUCAGUGAUGCUAAGAUUGACCUGUUGGUUCAGGUGUUGUCAGCUGGAUCCCUCCACUAGAAAAUUCUGCAUUAUCUUUCCAUUUAAUGUUUCAGCAGUCAUUGGUGAUUGUUGCCUAAUGUCAUUAUUUCACUAAAGAUUGCAAAAUGGUGAUUUGUAAAAUUCUACCCUUUUUUUCCUGCAUUUACUGGCUAUGGAUCCUUUACAAAGAGCUCUCCUCAUCAAUUGUGUGGUUACUCUGAAAAAGCCUAUAACAAAGGCAAGACAGAUACCAGAUUCUUUCACUUGAUUCCUUAGUUUAUAGCAUAAUGAUCUGAUACCACAGCAACCUCCAAGAAUGACCAAUAAGCUUUUCUUCUGGGUGGGUGAAAUAUUGUUAGGAAUUUAGAUAUUUUAUAUCUCUGAUUUUUUUUGUUCAUCAAAGUGUUACAUCUUUAAAUACUCAAAAUAGCCCAUCUUUGGCCAGUUGGGACCUUUUCAUUUUUCAUUUUUUACUUUUUAGAGUCUUAGUCUUGCUCUGUUGUUCAGGCUGGAGUGCAGUGGUGUGACUGUAAUUCACUGCACUCUCAAUUUCCUGGGCUUAAGCGAUAUACUCACUUUGGCCUCCAAGUAGCUAGGACUACAGGCAUGCACCACCACCACCACUCCUGGCUCUUUUUUUUUUUUUGGUAGAGACAGUCUCUCUGUGUUGCCCAGGCUGGUCUCAAACUCCUGGCCUCAAGCAGUCCUUAGCCUCCCAAAAUGCUGGGAUUACAGGUGUGAACCUGUAAUCAGCCUCCCAAAAUGCUGGGAUUACAGGUGUGAACCACUGCCCUUGAGCUGGUUGGAGCCCUGUCAUCUUGUCAUUUUGAUGAGACCCUAAUAGUUUGUUUUUUUUUUUAAUCUAGUGCUGUUUUGUACAUCUUAUGCCACAAACUUGGAUUAACUAAUUUCUUGAAGAAGCAGCUUUGGUACUUUUAGUGGGAAAUGUUUGCAGAUCACAAUUUAGGCGCUAUAUGGGUUAGAUUGUUUAGGUUAGAUUGCUACCUGCUGAUAUCAUUUCCAAACUGUGUCUUUGGAUAUUGCUAGGAAAUGCAAUACUUUUUUAGAGAGAAAAAAAUCAUAAGUGUAUACUAGUAUUUACAAUUCAAAUAAGAGAUUAUGGAUUUUAUUGUUUUUUAAUGGACUAUAUUUUUUAGAGUAGUUUUAGCCCUAUAGCAAAAUUGAGUGGAAGGUACAGAGAUUUUCCUGUAUCUCCUGAUUAUGGGGUUCUUAAUUUUGUUUGGUUUUAUGUUUGUUUCUCUCUCUCUCUCUUUUUUUUUUUUUUGAAACAGACUCUUGCUCUGUCACUCUGAUUGGACUGCAGUGGCACCAUCACUACUCACUGCAGCCUGAACCAUUCUGGGCUCAAGCAAUCCUCCCACCUCAGCCUCCCAAGUAGUUGGGACCAUAGGCAUGUGCUACCAUACCCAGCUAACUUUUGUUUAUUUUUUAUAGAGAUGGGAUCUCAUUUUGUUGUCCAGGCUGGAACUUCUGGGGUCAAGCCAUCCACCCGCCUCAGCCUCCCAAAGUGCUGGGAUUACAGGCAUGAGCCACUGCACCCAGCCUGCUUCUGUUUUACACUGAAAAAUUUGGUUCUUAGUAACCUGAUGUAGUUACUUACUUCUUUUAUCCUACUACAUAUAUAAUAGAACCAAAAUAGUAAUGUCAAUAUGGUUAUUAAGAUGAAGUCUACUGAAUGCAGUUUGCUUUUGUUUUUUUCCCUGAAUGCAUUUUAAGCUGUAUUUUUAUCCUUAGGCCAGAUAUGGUCAAUGUAGUGUGGAAAGUUAGGUCUAUAUGUUUUUAAUUUUAAAGAAAUUACAUAUUUUUUUAAUUUAAUUUUAAUUUUUUUAAACUGCACAUUUACCUUUUCUCUGAGAUGAGGGGGCACAUUUAAAUCUGUGCAUGUCCAGAGUCCGUGAGGAUUGGGAAUCAGUCCAAAGCUGUGCUCGCUUCUCCUUUUCCAUUGCGAUUUGCCUUCUUUAUCAUCUUUUGGAAUGCUGAACAAAAAUGUUUUUGGCACAAGGCAGGCAUGAAAACAUAAAGUUAAUAAAAAUCGAAUGCAUAAGCUAGAGCAGAUUAUCCACAGAUUCUUCCAUCUCCAUAUAGAUUAUCACCAUUGCCUGCACCUGUUUUCCUUCUCCAGCCUAUCUGAUGGAAUGGUGCUUCCAUGACAUGUGGUAUUUGGAAGGCUCUUAGCUCUGAUGUAAUCAGAGUUUGACCCAUAGUCACCUGAAAUAUUUCUUCUGUUUCUCUUUGUUCUAUGAACUGAAGGGUCUGAGAAGCCCAUGGUAUGCAAAUACCCUUCCAUCCCCUUCCCUCUCCCCUUGCCUCUAUCCAUGUUCCUUCAGCCUUAGGGUGCUUGCAGGCUAAGAGGAUUGGGUCUCUGGCAUCCUGGAGCGGAACAGCUCAUGUCAGGAAUUCCCUAGGCCCUUGAGUCUCUGGGGUGAGUUGUAGGGGUGUGUAGGGUGCUGGGGAUUAAGAUCUGCUGAGUAGGUGCUUACCAGAGUUAUACUGAAGGACCUGAAGACAGAUCAUCUUCACAUAAUCAGCAUGACCCAUAAUGUGUGAUGUCACUGAGCUUCUUCUAUUUCUGUAGUCAAGGAAUGUGCACAAGUAAUGCAAAUAUAAUUACUUUUAGUCCUGAGGAUUAGGGAACUUGGGGGAUGUUCACAUUACCGGAUGAUGUCAAUAUUGUGUUAUGUUUAAUUUUUUUAAAAAAAGAGAUGCUUAUUUAUUACCGAAAUAAUCUAAACUGAAUAAAUAACUUUUAAAAAAAUUACAUUGGCCAGUAUUAGGUUCCUGAUAUGUAUUUGGUGUUUUGUUUGUGCUGCUGGGUUUUUUCCCUCCAGUAUUGGAUGCGUUAAUGGGGAGCCUUGAGAAGUUAUGAAUUUUGGUUUGUUCAGAAUUGCUUUUUGUAAGUUUUCUGUGACCUCAUGCACUAAAUACUGAUGCUUCCACACUCCUGCAAGUAUGAAAUAAAAGUAUGUCUCUUCAGUAUUGCA